AUGUCCAACAACCUAGACAAAUCUUUAGACGAAAUCAUCGGUAAGAAGCCUAUUAGAGCUACUCGUGACAACAAGAGAGGUCCAAAGAAGGCUUCUAAGCAAGUCGGUAAGCGUCGUAAUGUUGCCAACAGUGGUAGAAACAACAGACCAGCUAGAAUUCCAGUCGGUGCUGUAUCAAGAAUUGUAGGUCAUCAAUUAGUUAAGGUUAAUGUUGAAGGUUUACCAAGGGAUAUUAAGCAAAGUGCUGUUAGAGAAUUCUUUGCUGGUCAAGUCGGUGGUGUCCACGGUGUUUUAUUGAGUUACAAUGAAAGAGGUCAAUCUACUGGUAUGGCUAACAUUACUUUCAAGAGCGCUGAAUACGCUAAUAAGGCUGUGUCUAGAUUUAACGGUGCUCCAAUUGACAAUGGUAAGACCAGAUUAAAGCUUAACUUAAUUGUUGAUCCAACUCUAACCAACCAAAACUUGGCUCAAAGAUUAACCGGUCUACAAGGUAGAGUAGGUAAGCCAAAUGGCGUUAUUGCUGGUAGACCAAAUGCUAGAAAUGUCGGUAGAAAUGGUAGACCAAUGGUCAGCAGACAACAACAAGUUAGAGGUCCACAAAGAAAUGGCCCACAAAGAAACGGUCCUCAAAGAAAUGCUCCAGUUGCUCAAAAGAAGAGACAACCAAAGAGAGAGAAACCAGCCAAGAAGAGUCUAGAAGAUCUUGAUAAGGAAAUGGCUGACUACUUUGAUGAUGGUAAAUAA